AUGCCCGCUCGCUGGACGAUCGGUGGACAUGUCUCCAACGCAUCUGGUGGCUCAUCACGAGCUUCUUCGCGAGCUUCCUCUCCCACCCGCGGCCCUAGUCUGACCAGCCGACCAUCUCAGAUCAUGCUGCCUUCGCGACGACGAGAGGGUGCCGAGUUUGGCGCAGACUCGGCAGACCACUUUUCCUCUGCCCAGCCAUCCCCCGCGUACGACAGCACGCCGGUUCAGACCCCGGGAUGGGGAGCGAGUACGCCCGGCUGGGCUACUCCCAGUGCGAUGAGCACCCCCGGAGGCAGCAAUUAUGGUAGUCAUGCGCUCGACAUUGCGCUGGACAACGAUCAUUUGGUUCUACGAGGACAAGGAGGUGACAUGGAGCCGGCCUACCUCGCUGGUAGGGUCGAGCUCAAUCUGUCUGAGUCGACAAAUAUCAAGGAGAUCAAUAUGACUAUGACUGGUAAAGCAAAGGUUCAGUUUGCCGACGCUGGAAACGCUGGCUCCAAGAACCGGCAUUUUACCCACCCCAUCAUCACCCACGAUUGGUCUUUCUUGCAGGGCGGCAAAGGUCAUGCCCACACCCUCAAAGCGGGCUAUCACUCUUUCCCAUUCUCCUUUACGCUCGAAGGCAACCUCCCAUCCACCUUGAGAACCUACUCUGGUGACGCCAUCAUCGUCUACAAGCUCCGUGCUACCGUCGUACGAUCGGGCUUUGCGAGCAACUAUACUGCCGCCAAAGAGUUUAGCCUCACUCGAAUGUUCACCACCGAGGCUCUCGAAUUCAAUCAGACACUUGAAAUCGAAAACACUUGGCCUGGCAAGGUCAUGUACUCGUUGACUCUCCCCUAUAAGGCGUACGCUGCCGGGGAUGAUAUACCUGUCAAUGUCAAGUUCAUGCCCCUCGCAAAAGGCGUCAGAGUGACCAAUGUCGUCUCGGUACUCAAAGAGUACACUUUGGUUCACACUAGGCACUCGUCUCACCCCGACACCCGAGUCGAUUCUUGCAUCAAGCACGAGAUCAAAGAUGGCCGUGCCAUUGAGCUUGCUCGAGAACCUAUCCGCCCUCCUCAACACUGGGAUGGUGCCGUAUCUAACAGAGGCAGUGCCUCCACAUCACGCCACCCCAGUCCCAAUCAUACUCCCGUAGCCAGCACUCGCGGGCGUCUUGCACCCAACACCAGCACGCGUCCGCCAGACAGCUACUUCCCAGAUGCAAUUGGCAACACUGGAUCCUCAUCUGCUGCAUCCACCUCGGCUCAGCCUGAAGCUUCUUCGUCCAAUGCCGAUCUUGCUUCUUUGGCCGAAUCUAGCAGAACAGACAUUGAGAUUGGCGAUGACGAGAUUGACACGCACUUUACGAUCCCAAUCCCUGCCUGGGUGACCCCCUCGCACUCGAUACACCCCGUAUUCAUCACCCACAAGAUCAAGUGGUCUUGCUCUAUCUCGAACCCGGACGGUCACACCUCUGAGCUGCGAUGCGCGCUUCCCAUCACCAUUCUCUCUCACAGUCUUCUCGACGAAGCUCGCUCUGCCAGCGCGAGCACUCGAGGCUUGCUCUUUGGCGGUAACCAGUCAGAAGAGCAGCCGGUCGAUCUCCCGAGCUACAGCAAUCACGUUUACGACCGAAUCGCCGUCGCCGACUCUGGUUCAGCCACAGGCUUUUUUCCUCGCUCCGUCGCCGCGACGCCCAUGGGUUCGCCGCACGACGAUACACCACCCCGAAGCCGGGCGCCUUCCCGUCCAGGGUCGCCUGUCAGAGGGAGAAGCGGUGAUUCCACGCCUGCUGCUAGUGACGUUCCGCCACGAAGGCAGCUGUCUAACUUUGUCGAUUCAGAGCUGCUCAUGUCGCUCGGUGCGCUCCGACCCCAUUCCAAUGGUGUUUCACCCAACUCUACGCCUCCCGACUCGCGAGCGUCCAGUCGCCCGCUCAGUCGAAGGGGCAGUAGGACGAACCUCUCGGGGUGGAGCAGCAUGUCUGCUAGUAGGGCUGGAAGUAGGGCAGGUAGUAGGGCGUCGAGUCCUGAGCGAGGUAGUGGCAACUCGUCGACUGUUGGGAGCUACAACGAGGAAGGUGCGCAUAUGCGACCCAACUUUGAUCGACACCGAUCCACCGGUCUGCACGGCCUUUUCCAUCUCCCCAAGGGCAUGCGUCCUCUCUCCCACCUUGGCUCGGGAGGCGGUUCUGGCAGUAGGCCGAUCCUGCGAAACAACGGCACCUCGUCCAACCUCUCUCUCCCCAACUCGAACGUCAUCCCACGCAACGCAUCCGUCCCCGGCGAUUUGGAAGCUGCUGGAGCACAAGGUGGUGCGGGGGCGAAUGGAGGCAACCAUGUAUCCUUCGCUCCUCAUGCUGUGACAUUCGAGCCUGAGCGGUCUACGCGAUUCGAGCUCGGUGCGCCUGAUACGCCCGAUGCGGAUGACGACGAGGAUAUCGACCCCAUGACCCAGGUCCCGUCAUACGAUAUUGCCUCUCGAGGUUUCCUGGGAGGUGGGAUCGUACCGAUCGACUCGAGACUUCCCACCUACGAUGCGUCGGAAAGGUCAAUGCAGAGGACCAGGAGUGGGACGGAGAUCGGAGGCAGCGGAGGGCUUCUCAGGCCAAGGAGUGACACGGCGUUGGUGCAGAUGGGUGCUCAAGCGGCGGCGGAUGCAGAGGGUAGGGCUGCUGAGGAUGAUAGUGGAGCGCCAUCGGGAGCUUUGAACGCAUUGGGGCUAGGGGAUAGAUACGACAGAGCGUAG